AUGUCGCCGACAGACACAAGCAUCAUUGUGGAACAGUGCGACAAGCUGGAAGAACUACAGACCUUGUUCAUUUACCGCCGCACCAUGACCGAUUUCAUGUGGGGCCAGGUCCCCGUCACCGAGACACAGGUCGCUCUCCGACAGCUUGUCCACAUUGCCAACGAGGAAAAGAUUCAAUACGUCUUUACCAAGUUCCUCAAUGCACCUACAGAGUCACCGUAA